GUAUAUCUAUACAUAUACAUAUGUCCGAAACCUGAUUUGGGAGCUUUAUUUACUUCGGGUACAUUUCCAUUUCAAGCUCUCCUCCAAAAUAAAUACCUGCAGGUGUGCCGCCAAGGCGAAAGCUUUCCCCUCCUAAGAACUCCGCCGAGGCACUUUACAAGCACUUCUCACUCACAAUUCCUCCUAGAUUUCUUUACAAACGUCUUCACAUAUAAAACCACAGAUCAGAACUCGCGCCGAACUUCAAAUCAAUCAAUUGACCCAUCGUCUGUCUUUCCAGAAUGUCAACCACCCCAGAACCUCAGAAUGCGCCUCCGCGCCAAACCUUCGGAGAGCUCAACCUCUCAAUCACAGGAAUUGGAACAGAAUACCCUCCCUUCCAAUUGCAUCCCAAAGACUUAGACACUCUCUGCAAAAGACACUACCCAGAAUCCCCAGCGUACGUUCUCAAUUCUCCCAAUCGCAUUUCUUUCAAGCACCCUCGAAGCUAACCACCCCACCAAACAGAAUGGCCAAGGUCCGAACGAUAAACAACUACACAGGAAUCGACUCUCGUUCCGCAAUAGGAACCGUCGACCACCCAAUGGCCAACAUGGACCGCGCCCCCACCAUCGACGAGCUGUGCACCGUAUUCCUAAAGGACGGCGUCGCCCUUGCAGUAACUGCUGCGCGCAAAGCACUACACGAGGCGCAAUUGUCGCCCGCAGAUAUCACACAUGUCGUUUCCACGACUUGCACGAAUAGCGCAAAUCCAGGGUUCGAUCAUUAUGUAUGUAAAGCCCUAGGAAUCAGACAACCAGUUCAAAAGGUCCUGUUGCAUGGAAUUGGAUGUAGUGGUGGGUUAGCGAGUUUGCGAACGGCUGCCAACUUGGCGCUGGGCAGUUCGUAUAUGGGACGGAAGGCCAGGGUCCUGAUUGUGGCCUUGGAGAUCAGUAGUCUUUUGGUGAGGAGUGAAUUGGACGAUGUUCACAAAUCCCAAGAGACGAGGAUUGGUAUCACGCUUUUUAGCGAUUGUGCGAGUGCGGCCGUGUUGAGUAAUGGGAUUGGAGGGGAACAAGAGGAGGCUGUCUACCAACUCUUAGGGUGGGAUCAUCGAAUUAUUCCUGAUACAGAACAAGAUCUUGGGUUCGAUGUUGAUCCUCUGGGUAAUUCACCAAUACUCGAUUUGCAGGAUUGAUGUAGAGCUAAUACAGAACAGGCUGGAAAGUCGUCCUCUCACCCCGCGUCCCAAAACUAACGGGGGCCGUCGUGUCCCCCACAUUCGACGACCUCAUCUCUACCCUCCCCAAUCUUCCCGCAAAUUACAACCUUCCCUCCGACUUCGACUGGGCCCUCCAUCCAGGCGGCGCGACAAUUCUCACAGGUGUCGAGAAAGCCAUGUCCAUAUCCUCCGAACACAUCCGCGCCUCAUACGACACCUAUAUAAAUCACGGAAACUCCUCAUCCGCAACCAUCUUCUCCGUCAUGGACCGUCUUCGUCAAAAGGACAUGGAUUCGCUAGCCCCCGGAGGAAAAGUCAAGGAUUUCGUGGUAGGAUGCGCUUUUGGACCAGGAAUCUCCAUCGAGAUGUGUAUUAUGAAGAGGAACUUGAAUCACGUUCAACGCACGCCAGUUACUACGGGGGAGAUCACCCCACCGGAGACCCAAAGGGGUAGCGAAGGCGGAAGUAGAAGCGAGAGCCCCUCUGCGCUGCAGAGCAGAAGUUUGGAAGAGAAACUUGAGGAAGUAAGCCCGGAUGAAGCGGAGAAGAGUGAUAGUUUGAAGGAGGCGCUGAACGGGGUGGAUCUGGACUGAGAUAUGAGAAUGAGGUUUUACGAACGUAAUGAUAUUUGAUGAAUUUGGAGGCUCUUGGGACAGUGGUGCAACUAUAUCAUGAAGAAACGAGAUACAGAUGAGGAACUCGGGGGUUAUCUCCCCAGGAGGCACGAUACAUGACACAAAUGGCGAGUAACACGAUUCGCGGUCAGUUGAUAUGCGACGAUGCGGUGUUGCUUGAUAGAGCUAGAAGGUCUCAGGAUACGAAUCUGACGAGACGUCGGUCGGUAUAUGAGCUCAUAUAGAGCACGGGGUCUAGAUUUGCUAGGUUUUCUACAUGACGGUAUAUUCUCGGUAGAGGGAAUGAGGGAUAGAUGGAUAGAUAGAUAGGGAAGGUUGAUAGAGAUAGAGAGGAAAUGAAAUAUGAAUAGAAAUCUUUU